AUGGAUAUCAAAGACCACAACGCAAACGGUCUUGGGAAUGAAACACCUUACGUAGCCCGGGGCCCAGCUCGAGCUUCUCAUGAUGAGGACUCAGCAUCUUACAUAAAGCCCAUCAUCAAAGAGCUUGUCCGCACCCAAGUUUGUUUUCCCAACAUUAAGCUUCUAGUGGACAAGAUCUCGACCGUAAAAGUCCCUUCUGCUACCGAGUCAUCCGGCCUGGAGGCGUAUCGUAUGCAUCUGACAGAUAGGGAAAAGACUAUACAAGCUGUUGUAAAGCGCCGCUUACACAAGUGGCUCACCACGUUCAAUGUGCGGGAAGGCUCGUAUGUCGUUCUCAAGGAGUAUAAUCUAGCGAGGGGGAAACGGUUGGGUGGGGAAGGAGACGUCUUCUAUCUCGCCAUAUCUGACUUCUACUCAAUCGGCGAAGAGCAGCGUUACAAUCGUAGUACCGACCCAAAGAGUGUUUCUGCAAGUGCUGAGGAAGGUAAUUCAGGUCCACAGGACCAAGUAUCUGCCAAAGACGAAGAUCAAAGCAACGAAGUCGACAUAAUCAGGACAGAGCGUUCACUACCUAGGGCUAGUCCUACCGAGACCCAUGAGGAUAUCGCCAGCAGUAAAGACUUGUUCUUUGCGAAGUCAGCAAUGGCGGAGCUAACGAAGAGGAAGAGAGGAAUGGCCCCGCCGGAUCUCGAUCCAGACCUAAUUUCACUGGCUAGCAAAGCCCAGAGGCUUCGCGAGACUCCAUUAGCUAAGAUGACGAGAGAAAAAGAACACGAUAACGCCCAACCAAGGUCUACUGACGACCACUGCAGCAGUGCUUCUACGCCCAACAUCCCGAUAACACGACCUCAAUCUGCCCAAAUUCGGGCCUCACCCGAACAAGUUCCGUCGCCUUUGCAGCUGUCAACCUUGGCAUCUGUGACAGGAACCAACGCCACACGCAACAAACAAGUCAACAUCCUUGCUAUGAUUGAGUACGUGAGCAAUUCCACAGUAAAGCCCACAACAGCGCCCCUCAAGCGUGAUGUUCGUAUCGUUGAUGCCAGCACCGACAAGAAAGUCACUCUCAGUGUCUUCGUUGACCCCGUCAAUUUCAUCCCUAAGGAGUAUGACAUAAUGCUUUUUCGAGACUUGACCACUCACGACUUCAGUGGGGGCAAUCUCAACGCUUAUCCUAAAAAGUGCAGGGGCAAGGAGUGGUACAUCCUCAACCCAUACGAUACUGAAGAAUGUGACAUGAAGUCUAUGGAAGUAUUUAGGACAAAGUAUCGGAAGACAAAAGCACAAGGGCCCAAAUGA